UGCAAGGGAGCCGGGAAGGGACGGAGGGGAUCGCGCACAGAAGCCGGGAACAGCAGCAGCAGCAACAGCGCCCCCCCUAAUCUCCUGCCUGCACUCCUCCCUCCCCUCCUUUUGGACCCCCUUCCCUGGGGGAGUCAUGGCCGAGGGAGACGAUCUCCACUCCUUCACCUCCAUCAUGGAUGCCCUCGUCCGGAUCAGCACCAGCAUGAAGAACAUGGAGCGGGAACUGCUUUGUCCGGUUUGUAAGGAAAUGUAUAAGCAGCCCGUCGUGUUACCCUGCAUGCAUAACGUUUGCCACAUCUGUGCCACCGAGGUCCUCCUCCAGCAGGGCUACAUCUGUCCAGACCCCACCUCCGAGCCGACCUCGCCGGCAUCCACCCCGGCCACGCGGAGCCCCCGCCUGGGACGCCGGGUCGUGCCCAAACCGGAGCGCCUGGACCGGCUCCUCAAAUCCGGUUUCGGCACGUACCCGGGGCGGAAACGAGGGGGCGUGCACCCCCCGAGUGUCCUCUUCCCCUGCCCGUUGUGCCAGCGCAGCGUGGACCUGGGCGAGCGAGGCUUGGGUAGCCUUUUCCGCAACCUGACGCUGGAGCGCGUCGUGGAGCGCUACCGCCACACCAUCAACGUCAGCGCGGCCAUCAUGUGCCAGUUUUGCAAGCCCCCGCAGCUGGAGGCCACGAAGGGCUGCACCGAGUGCAAAUCCAGCUUUUGCAACGAGUGCUUCAAGCUGUAUCACCCGUGGGGCACCCAGAAGGCGCAGCACGAGCCCACCCCGCCCACGCUCAAUUUUCGACCCAAAGGUCUGAUGUGCCCAGAGCACAGGGAGGAGGUGACACAUUAUUGCAAGACCUGCCAGCGCCUGCUCUGUCAGCUGUGCCGCGUACGCCGCACUCACACAGGUCACAAGAUCUCGCCUGUGCUCAGCGCCUACCAAGCGCUCAAGGAUAAACUGACGAAAAGCCUGGCGUACAUUCUGAGCAAUCAAGACACCGUGCAGGCUCAAAUUAACGAGCUGGAAGAGACCCUCAGACUAACAGAGGCCAACGGGGCGCAGGCCAAGGAGGAAGUGGCGCGGCUGAUGCGUGGCUUAAGCGCCUUGCUGGAAGAAAAGCAGACCUCCUUGCUCAACGCCAUUGAGGAGUGCCGGCAGGACCGGGUCUCGAACCUGCGGGCCCAGCUGCACGAACACCGGGCCAUGAUGGAGAACUCGGGCAUGGUGGGCUACGCGCAAGAGGUGCUGAAGGAGACCGACCAGCCUUGCUUCGUCCAGGCCGCCAAACAGCUCCACACCAGGAUCAUCCGGGCGACGGAUUCCCUGCAGGCUUUCCGACCGGCCGCCAGCGCCUCCUUCAGCCACUUCCAGGUGGACGUCAGCCGGGAGCUGAAACUGCUCACAGACCUUACCUUUAUCAAGGCUCCGGAAGCCCCCGUGAUCGACACGCAGCGCACCUACGCGUACGACCAGAUCUUCCUCUGCUGGCGCCUGCCCCAGCAUUCCCCGCCAGCGUGGCAUUACACGGUGGAGUUCCGCCGGGCCGAGCCCAAGGGGAAAGCCCUGAAACUCUGGCAAAGGAGGGAGGAAGUGAGAGGCACCAGCGCCGUGGUGGAGUACCUGGACACCGACUGCGUCUACGUCUUGCGCGUCCGGGGGUGCAACAAGGCCGGUUUCGGGGAAUACAGCGAAGACAUCUACCUGCACACACCGCCCGCGCCCGUGCUGAACUUCUUUCUGGACAAUCGGUGGGGCUUCAACCGGGAACGCCUGGCCAUCAGCAAGGACCAGCGGGCCGUCCGGAGCGUGGCCGGGCUCCCCAUGCUUUUCGCCGCCGAGCGCCUGAUGACCAGCUGCCACCUCUCCAUCGACCUGGUGAUCGGCGACGUGGCCGUCACCCAGGGGCGGAGCUACUGGGCCUGCUGCGUGGACCCCAGCUCUUACCUGGUCAAGGUGGGGGUCGGCCUGGAGAGCAAACUGCAGGAGUGGUUCCAGGUGCCCCAGGAUGUGGUCAGCCCCAGGUACGACCCCGACAGCGGCCACGACAGCGGGGCGGAGGACACCACGUUGGACACCUCGCCGCCGUUCGCCUUCCUGACCAUCGGCAUGGGCAAGAUCCUGCUCUCCCACGGCGUGGCGUUGACCUCUUCCCGGGACCCCGGCAACUGUACCGUCCCGCUGCCUCCCCGGGUGGGCAUCUGCCUGGACUACGAGCGCGGGAAAGUGACGUUCUUCGACGCCGUCUCGUACCGCAGCCUCUGGGAGUGCGGCGUCGACUGCUCGGGGCCCGUCUGCCCGGCCUUUUGCUUUAUCGGGGGCGGCGCUCUGCACCUCCAGGAGCUGGUGGCCAACCGCCAGGAGCGGAAGGUCACCAUCGGCGGGUUCUCCAAGCUGGACUGAGCCCCGACCCGCCGGGCCUUCUUAUCUGGCGUCCAGACCUGUGCUGACGGCGGGGCCAUCUCCCCGAGGCCGGGAGGGCGAACCGAGCAGCCCGUGGGGCGACCUCCGUCCUCGGGGGUGGGGUGGGUUAAAAACACGGCAUUCGGGGAGAGCAUUUACGCGUCGGUGUGGGGGGGAAAUAAACAGCGGAGGUUGCCGAAGGGUUGCUAGAAGGGCCGUCCAUCCCCUGCAGGGCAGACCAGAUGUCGCCCCCUGGUGGGCCGAGGGACUUUCCAGCAGAACGAUACUCUUUUGUUUGGAACGAGGGGGCCACCACCAAGAUCCCGUCGAGGCCCCGCCGUGUCGAAUGUUGUUGCCAAAAUGUUGGUGGCGAGGGGAAACAGGGGCUGGGAGCCUUGUUCCCCUCCCUGACGCCCCACCCAUGUGGGGUGGGGCUGUUUUUCUGUGUUUGUCUAGCUCUCCCCUCCUUCUCGUUCCUCUCCUUUCUUGUCUUUGUACCUGCGUGAAGGUAAACCUUCCCUUUUCCUCUUGCCCCCCCCCAUGAAAGCAGAGGCCGGGGGCAAGAACCCCAAUCUAUGUCACAGAGGGAAAGAAUUUCGUUUCGGUGCAUUAGUAAAUUCAGGAUGUUUUUAAUGGCUUGUUCUCUCCCUGACCCCUUUCCCCCAUUCAUAGGAUCCUGUCCCGACUCUUUUUCUCUUUGCUCCUCGUCCAUCACAGUCCCCUUCCACCCAUAGGGGGAUCGGCCCCUCUCCCCCCCCCAUACCUCUCCUAUAGUCUUGGUUGCAAAUGCAAUUUUAAAAUAAAUCCCACCCCGAACCCCCAGAUCCUUGUGAUGCUCAGCAGAUUGGCUGCUGUUCCGGAUCCCCCUCUUCAACCACGUCUGGCUCUUCGGACGUGGCCGGGAAUGAUUUUGGGUUCCCAGGUGUGUGUUCUUGACUUUUUGAGAAAGAUGGGAGGGGGGGUGGAAGCAUGAUGGACGAGGGACAGCCUUCCAGAAAGAGGGAGUC